AGCUUCGAGUGGGCCGCGCCGGGGCCGACGGCAAACUGGGGACCGCGGACAGGCCCCAAGUUGGCCUUGCGGUUGGUGCCAUGGUGCGACGGGUGAAGGAAGUGGCUGCUUCAGCGGAUCGCUUGAACCAGUACCAGCUCCUGGGCGAGGCCGGCAGGGGCAGCUUCUGCCGCGUCCUGCUGGCGAGCUCCAGCGAGGGCUCGCACGCGGUGAAGAGCUUCUCCCGCACGGAGCUGCAGAGGAGCCAUGUGGCCAGGUUCGACGCCGAGGGCGUGCGCACCGUGCCGUUGGGGGUGAGCCUGGAGGAAGAGCUGAGGAUCCUCAGCAAGCUGAGCCACCCCCAUGUGAUCUCCUUGCAGGAGGUGAUCGAUGACCCGCGCCAUGACUCCAUCUAUGUCAUCCUGGAGGGCCUGCCCGGUGGUCAGCUCAUGGACUGGAAGCGUGAGUGCUGUGCAUAUUCGGUGGCCUCUGCGGCGGCUGGGUCUUGGGGGAGUGCUGUGCAGGACUGCGACAGCCGUGACUCCCAGCGGGAGGUGCUGGUGUUCCAGGAGAUCCUGGCGAGGUACUUCUGCAGACAGCUGGCCGAGGGGAUUGAGCACAUGCACAGGCAGAGUGUCAUCCACAAGGACCUGAAGCCGGACAACCUGGUCCUCUCCAGGCCCAUCCCCGCGGACCGCCGCUGCGUCCGGGUGCUGGGCCUCGCGGCCUGGCCGCAGCUCAGCGGAAGCCGAGGCUGCAGCGAGGAGCUGCCCGGAGCGGAGCUGCUGCAGCUGCUGCGGGAACAUGCGCUGCAGGUGAAGAUCGCGGACUUCAACUCCGCGGAGGAGUGCGCGCCGCCGCGCUGCCUCAUCUACGACGCGCAGGGCACCCAGCACUUCACGCCCCCGGAGUGCUUCCUGGGGAGCGAUCUCGGGGUGCCAGGGAAGCCCCGCGACAUGUGGUCCCUGGGCUGCGUGCUCUUUGUGCUCCUCUUCGGGCAUUGUCCCUUCUGGGCGGAGGAGAACAACCUCCUCCUGCAGUUGAACAUCCUGUCGGACAAGCAGGUGGAGAUGCCGACUGGAGGGCCUGAGCUGUCUGCUGCCGUGCUGCAGCUCCUCCAGUCGCUGCUGAGCAAAGAUGCGGCAAAGCGGCCGAGCGCCGAGGGGGUGCUGCAGAGCUCAUGGCUGAAGUGAGGGUCCUUGAACAUCUUACUCAGCAGGCUUGGACUUAUUUGUUUUUUUGCUCUCCUGC